ACACACUUGCAUCCGCGCUCCUUCCACAAGCAGCAGCAUCAUCUGACUCACUGGAUCAUCAUGCUAUGUGGCUGAGGCUCAGCAGCGUCGCACACGAAAGCCUUUAUUGUUGUCUGCUCAGCUUCUAUUUACAGAAGACUCCAGAGGAAACGCUGCAGAGCGGUGGAGUGAGUUAGGACCUGGGGUCGUCUUUGCGCUUCUAUAUUUUGGACCAUUCUAAAAUUUGCCAUGAAGAAAACAGACAGCUGGUCGACUGACACCAACCCAUCUUCAUCAUCAGUGAAGAACUCCUGCCCUCCGACUCUGAAGAUGUUCCUGGGAGCCUUGUCCUUCGCAUACUUCUCCAAGGCUUUGUCCGGGAGCUACAUGAAGAGCACAAUAACACAGCUGGAAAGGCGGUUCGACAUUCCCAGUUAUCUGAUAGGCAUCAUUGAUGGGAGCUUUGAAAUAGGAAAUCUGUUGCUCAUUGCUUUUGUGAGUUAUUUUGGCGCCAAGCUUCAUCGCCCAAAGAUCAUCGCAAUCGGAUGUGUCCUGAUGUCUUUUGGGACCUUUUUGAUGGCGAUGCCUCACUUCAUCAUUGGUCGCUAUAAGAUUGAAUCUUCAAUUGGCCCUUCGUUGAAUUCGACGACAAACAUCUCCCCAUGCGCAGCAGGCUCACCAGAGCCAGUGGAUGAUAGACCCUCUAUCAUGCCCUCCAGAGGAUGUGAGCGAGAGUCUGGCUUUUCUAUGUGGAUAUAUUUGUUCCUGGGAAACAUUCUACGUGGGAUUGGAGAGACACCAAUUCAACCCUUGGGAAUCUCCUACAUUGAUGAUUACUCGCAAUCUGAAAAUGCGGCCCUGUACAUUGGUUGGGUCCAAACCAUCUCAAUCAUAGGCCCGGUCUUUGGGUACCUGCUGGGCUCUCUGUGUGCCAAAGUCUACGUUGAUAUUGGUUAUGUGGACAUGGAUUCGCUGACUAUCACGGCGGGAGACGCCCGCUGGGUGGGAGCGUGGUGGCUGGGCUACCUCAUCGCCGGUGUUAUCACCCUGAUGUCUGCUGUUCCUUUCUGGUUCCUGCCUAAAUCCUUGCCCAUGCCCGUGGACAAACACGACACCAGCUGUAGCCCGGAGGAGACCAGGUUUAUCAAGGACUCCGGAGGAGAUCACAAGAUCAGAUCUGAGGAGCCGGUUAAUUUACAACACAUGGCCAGAGAAUUCGUGCCCACGCUCAAGAGCCUCCUUGGAAACCCCGUCUUCAUCAUUUACUUAUGCGUCACCAUCAUCCAGUUCAACUCUCUCAUUGGCAUGGUGACUUACAAGCCCAAGUACAUCGAGCAGCACUAUGGCCAGUCGGCCUCAAAAGCUAACUUCCUCAUGGGGAUGAUCAACAUCCCGGCUGUUGCUCUGGGUAUGUUCUCAGGGGGAGUUGUCAUGAAGAAGUACAAACUCGGAAUCAUGGCGGCGGCUAAAUUUGCUUUCGGGACGUCUAUACUGGGCUACUUCCUGUCGCUGCUCUUCCUUGCCAUGGGAUGCGAGAAUGCCAAGGUGGCAGGAGUCACUGUCUCUUACAGCGGAGAUGAAGGCCUGUCGUACGAGGAGCGGUCGCUGUUCUCAGAGUGUAAUUCUGGUUGCUGGUGCUCACAGAGGGACUGGGAUCCAGUGUGCGGGGAGAACGGCGUCACCUACGUUUCCCCGUGUUUGGCCGGGUGCUCAUCGUCUUCCGGCUCAGGCAGGAACACGGUGUUUGAGAACUGCAGGUGUGUAGCAGUCACUGACGGCUCCGCGCUAAACCUGACCGCCACCUUGGGUCAGUGCCAGCACAGAGACGGCUGUGACCGGGUUUUCCCAUACUUCCUGACGCUUUCCGUGCUUACGUCAUUCAUCAUUUCACUCGGGGGAACUCCGGGAUUUGUGCUGCUGGUCAGAUGCGUGAAGCAUGAGCUCAAAUCUCUUGCUCUUGGAAUCCACAUGCUGGCCACUCACAUCCUGGCAGGGAUACCAGCUCCGAUAUACUUUGGAGCCAUCAUAGACACCACGUGUCUGAAGUGGGGCUACAAGGCGUGCGGCGGACGAGGAGCAUGCAGAAUAUACAACACAUCAGCCUACAGGAUAUUGUAUCUGGGCCUGACAUUAGGGUUGAGGACAGUUUCCUUCCUUCUUUGCAUUUUGGGCUUUUCUCUCCUCCAAAGACACGUAAAACAAGAGGAGAAAACAGCCUUGGCCAACAGCAGCGGUGAGCAGGAGUCACUGGAGAAGGAGGAAAACACUUCUACACAACGCGAACAAUUUAUGGUGACCUCCAGCCAGAGUUCGGACAGAGAGACCCACUUGUGAUCCUCGGCACGGUUUCUUGUCUCACUCAGGAAUGUGUAGCACUUGGGACGACUCUUUUGAAAACCGUCUGUUCGUCCAGGGUUUAUAAAUAUUAAGUACCUGAUCCAACAUCUUUUUCUUCAGCCAAUUAUCUAUUUCAAAUAUGUACAUUUGUCUAAGAAAUCCUAUUGAAUUGUGGUGUCAUUUUUAUGUUUGAUACUGUACGAAUAAAGACAAUACAGCUGA